CAAAACCCUAGCCCCGCCCUCCGCCACCGGCCAGGCCGUUCGGUCUGGCCCCGCCCCGCCUCGCCUCGCCUCGCUCCGGCGAUCUGAAUUUCCGGACGGGCGGGUCUCCGACGAGCGAGCGAGCGAGAGAGGGAGCGCGGGUGUCGGGACCGGCGGCCCGCGAAUCGCCGCCUGCGGGGUCCGGCCCGCGUUUCCCUGCUGAUCCCGCCUCCGCCGCAGUUAGAUCUGUGCGCUAGAGGCCAGCACGAUCGAGGUUCUGCCUGUGCGGCGGGGGGUUGGCCCAGGGAUUCGGAAUCGUCGAUGCCGGAUUUCGCUGCGCCGAAUCUGCACCCCUGACGGGAUCUGCGUGUGGGUGCUGCUGGAUUCUAUUGCAAGGGCGCCCCCACCUUAAGGUCUUUGGUUUGGUGCCCUCCAACACCGCGCUGCGAAAUAGCCUCUUGGUAACGCACCCAACCAAGAGACAAUCAUGGCCGAUUCCAUGGCGGAUUCGAUGGUGGCGAGCUUCUGGGGGCCUGUUACGUCAACAACUGAGCUGUGCGAGGAGAACUAUGCGCGCUCGUCAUAUAUCGCGGAGUUCUACAAUACUCUCUCUAAUGCACCCUGCAUUCUUUUGGCGCUUAUUGGACUCGUGAAUGCUCUCCGCCAGCGUUUCGAGAAGCGCUUCAGCGUCCUGCACAUAUCCAAUAUGAUACUUUCCAUUGGGAGUAUCAUCUUCCAUGCAACCUUGCAACAUGUCUUACAGCAGAGUGAUGAGACUCCAAUGGUGUGGGAAAUCCUCCUAUAUCUGUAUGUCCUUUAUUCACCAGACUGGCAUUACAGGAGCACCAUGCCUACUUUCCUUGUCCUAUACGGUGCUGCAUUUGCUGUAGUUCACUUUUUCGUGCGAUUCCAAGUAGUAUUCAAGUUGCAUUACAUUGGCCUCUGCCUUCUCUGCAUCCCUCGUAUGUACAAGUACUACAUACAGACGAAAGACCAGGCUGCCAAGAGACUCGCGAAGCUGUGGGUUCUUACCAUAUUCCUGGCGACAGUUUGCUGGCUAGUUGAUCGCGUCUUCUGCAAGAAGCUUUCGCUCUGGUACAUCAACCCGCAGGGACAUGCAUGGUGGCAUAUGCUCAUGGGCUUCAACUCUUACUUUGCAAACACAUUCUUGAUGUUCUGCCGAGCUCAGCAGCGUGGGUGGGAGCCGCGCAUCAUCCACCUAUUUGGAUUGUUGCCCUACGUCAAGAUUCAGAAAUCCAGAAAGAGGGAGUAAGUUGUCUGUCGAUCAGCGGUGUUCUCCAGGACCAGAAAAUCUAAUGCCCACCAAGCGCGCGAAAAAAAACAAGCGGUGGCAUUUUUUGUAAAUGGGCUUCCAAGUGAUUACGGACUACAAAUGAAUGUCGUCGUCAGUGAUGUCUCAAUUGAUUUUGGUAACUUUUUAACUAACGCCCUGUUUUGUACCAUACUUGAUUUCAACCAGAGAUUAGCUGGAGUGUUCGUCCCGUACUUUUGAUCCGCAGCAGUUUGUCUUUUGCCAACUUAUAGGACUUGAUAUUUUAUUCUUUGGAUUUGACUUGAAAUGGGGUUGAAUUGUAUUAGUUUUAACUUACUGCUGGAGCGGUGGUAGAUUCAUGUUCGUGGUAAACGGUUGAUUCUUUUAUCGUUGGUCAAUGCUAUUUGUGAACUAGUGCCUGAAGGCUUUGUGUAUUA